UGGUUGCUAAAGAAGCCGGAAGUGCAGCUCGGUUGCCGGGAGACAGAGGGGGGGGCUUGCUGUAGACACGUGGUUGGUGGGCAGGGUAAUCUCCUAAACCUUGCAGGCCCCGGCUCCCCGGUCUUUCUGAUAGCUGCUCCGGGUCAGCCAUGGAGGGAUUUCGGGAGGAUCUUGUAAGCGCUCUGAGGGAGGUGGUGAGCAACAGCCACUGGCAGUGCGUGGGGCAGAAGGAGAGCCUCAAAGCUACGUGCACCAAGCUGUACUCAGAGGAUGGUGAACAUUUGGUUCUAAUUCAUACUACUGAUGAUAAAUUCUAUGCCAUGGAUUCUUCAUGCCCCCAUGAAGGCGGGCCGCUGGAGCAGGGAGACAUUGAGGAGUUGUGCGAUGGUCGAUUGGCAUUAACUUGUCCUUGGCAUUAUUUUGAGUUCUGCUUGGAUGACGGCUCUUCCUCUACUGGGUUACAGAACCAGGUAUACGAGGUGAAGGUUCAUGAAGGGAAGGUUUAUAUCCAAACGCAGAAUGCUCUGUCUCUCACCCCUUGGAAGGAAACUUCAUGUACGGUUCCUGUUAAUUCUGCGCCUGCAGCCAUCUCGGAGGAUUCAGAUGCUGAAUCUUCUUUGUCCUAUUGGGCCUGCAAAAUUCUCAACACUUCGGAUCCACAAGAGAAGGUAAAGCUUACACAGCAUGUACAAACACUGUGGGAAUCCGGAAGAAUCCCAGACAUCGGUCAAAUGGAGCCUCCUGCCCAGCCAAAACGUAAAGAGAAUCUAAUCAUUGUACAACCAGGAAGGAUUAAGAGGGGAAAGGGUGGAACGCUGACCAGCAGGAUUGCUCUGUUGCAUUCAAUGGCCAACAUUGAGCAAUGGGCAAUAGACCUGUCAUGGGACAUCGUUGCUCGCUUUGCCCAUUUCAAACUGCGCACGGGAGAGACACUGCCAAGGGAUUUCUUCUCAGACUUUGUUAAAGUGGCUGGAGAUGAAGCCAAGCACUAUAGUCUGCUGGAGAAGCGACUGUCAGAACUGGACAGCAACUUUGGAGCUCUACCUGUGCACAAUGGCUUGUGGCAGUCGGCUGCAGAUACAGCUCAUGAUCUACUUGGGCGUCUGGCUAUUGUGCACAUGGUCCAUGAAGCAAGAGGAUUAGACGUUCACCCUCAGACAAUGCAGCGAUUUUCCACUCACGGAGACGAGAGCUCUGUCCGAAUAAUGGAAGUAAUAUACUCAGAUGAGAUCACUCAUGUGGCUGCGGGACUGAAAUGGUUCACUUACAUCUGUGCCAAGGAGCAGCGGGACUGCUUGUCUACUUUCCAUGAGCUGGUACCAUUGUAUUUCAAAGGAUACCUGAAACCCCCUUUCAAUACAGAGGGUAGAAGAUCAGCAGGGAUGUCAGAGGAGUGGUACUUGCCUCUGGUUAAGCCAUCUUGACAUUUCUACACUGACAGCCUCAGCAACUUCAGAAGUCUCUGUGCUUGUUUUAAAGCACUUCCUCAGCUAAUGAUGUUCAUAGAGGAAUCGUAAGACAAAGGAGAAUUUUUAAAUUGUUUAACACAACCAUUCCCAUGUUUAUGACAAAUUAGGGGCCGAUUCACUAACUUCGAGUGAAGGAUUCGAAGUAAAAAAAACUUCGAAUUUCGAAGUGUUUUUUGGGCUACUUCGACCAUCGAAUGGGCUACUACGACCUUCGACUUCUACACAAAGGAUUCGAACUAAAGAUGGUUCGACUAUUCGACCAUUCGAUAGUCGAAGUACUGUCUCUUUAAGAAUAAACUUCGACCCCCUAGUUCGCCAUCUAAAAGCUACCGAACUCAAUGUUAGCCUAUGGGGAAGGUCCCCAUAGGCUUUCCUAAGUUUUUUUGAUCAAAGGAUAUUCCUUCGAUCGUUGGAUUUAAAUCAUUCGACCCUUUGUGAAUCGGCCCCUAAAUGUCAAGAUUUACCUGUCACUACUUUUUCAUUCAUGUUAUUUAUAAUUUCUACUUUAACAGCAUAAAAUGGGAUUUUAUUAUGAAACUGUCAUUAAAGAGAUCCUUUAUUAAAUUAUGCUUUUAUCAAAA